UCUUUGCAUUCCUCGAAUCAUGCAAGAGAUAGUCGACGGAGUAUAAGUUCUAUAUGACCAGCCAAAAGUGAAGGUGGCAUCGACAGACCAUCAGCUUGGCUCAAGAUGCUGGCACUGGCAUUGACUGCGGAGUUGGAAGGCGUAACUGAUCUCAAGCCUACUGACACGGCAGACUCUCCAUACUACUACACAUUCAAAGUCCAAUGUACCUCAUGUCGAGAGGUUCACGCCAACUGGGUCGGCGUCAACCGUCAUGAGAUGAACGAGCAAUCAGGAAGUCGUGGAGAAGCCAACUUCGUAUGGAAAUGCAAGAACUGCAAGAGAGAAUCUACUGCGACAAUCAAGGCAGCUCCAGCAGUGUACGAACAAAAUUCGCCAGCAAAAGUCAAGAACAUCAUCGAUAUCGACUGUCGUGGACUAGAGUUUACCGAUUUCAGAGCAGAUGGAGAAUGGGAGGCCAAGGGCAUCGAGUCGGGUACCAAGUUUAGCGGGAUCGAUCUAUCGGAAGGAGAAUGGUUUGACUAUGACGAAAAGGCGGGCGAGGAAGUCAGCAUCAAGGACAUCAAGUGGAGCAUUCGACGGGCUUGAACGACAGAUUCAUGCUAGAUCAAUGCUCAAUGUUCCCUUUGUCAAGUACCAGGUAGUUUAGAGCAUGAUAUAGCCCAGCUUCGUGGGUCGUGGCAAGGCUGAAAGGACGCAAGGCUGCGAUCACGUGAUCUGGAUAUAUUCGCCAAGCUCUGCACAAUUUUGCGGUCGCAGAGAGUAAACUUACAG